AUGUUGGAUGUAGCUGCCUAGGAAGAGACGCCUCUUGGGAGCGCCCGCUCUUUUCUUCCCGAUGGUGUGAAUCCGCUUCAGAGCGACCUUCGCACGAACUGAGAUCGAAAAGGAACUAUUUAAAGCAGCCAAGAAGUCACGGUAGCCCUACAUUGCUCGGUCUCCUCUUCCACCGUAGAGCAAAGCAGCAGCAGCAGCAGAAGCCUCCACCGCCCUCCUGGAUCUCCAUCUCUCCAUUGAAGAAGAGUUUUACCCCGGACUGAAGAAAGCAAGAAACGGAAGGGCGGAGAGAGAGAGAGAAAGAAAGAGAGAGAAGAAAAGAAAAGAUCUUUCUGAGAGGCAGACACAGAAAGAGACAGACAGAGAGGGGGGGUAGUUUUCAAGCGGGUGACGCUUUAUAUUUUCACCGUGGCGUGCCAAGUGCUUGGCUCUUUAUUUAUAUAGUUAAGAAAAAUAACAAAAAGGAAAAAUGGCGAAUGACUCUCCUGCAAAAAGUCUGGGAGAUAUAGACCUUUCCUCUUUGCGGGAUCCUGCUGGGAUUUUUGAGCUGGUGGAAGUGGUUGGAAAUGGCACAUACGGGCAAGUUUAUAAGGGUCGACAUGUCAAGACAGGUCAGUUGGCAGCUAUUAAAGUCAUGGAUGUUACUGAGGAUGAAGAAGAAGAAAUAAAGCUGGAAAUCAACAUGCUGAAAAAAUAUUCUCAUCAUAGAAAUAUUGCAACGUACUAUGGUGCUUUUAUUAAAAAAAGUCCCCCAGGACAUGAUGACCAAUUGUGGCUUGUUAUGGAGUUUUGUGGUGCAGGCUCUAUUACGGAUCUUGUGAAGAAUACAAAAGGAAAUACUUUGAAAGAGGACUGGAUAGCAUAUAUCUCCAGAGAGAUUCUCAGGGGAUUGGCACAUCUACAUGCCCAUCAUGUGAUUCAUCGAGACAUCAAAGGACAGAAUGUAUUGUUAACAGAAAAUGCAGAAGUGAAAUUAGUGGAUUUUGGUGUUAGCGCUCAGCUGGACCGGACAGUUGGUAGAAGAAAUACUUUUAUUGGGACACCUUAUUGGAUGGCUCCAGAAGUUAUUGCCUGUGAUGAAAAUCCAGAUGCAACAUAUGACUAUCGAAGUGAUCUUUGGUCAUGCGGCAUUACGGCCAUUGAGAUGGCAGAAGGCGCUCCCCCCCUUUGUGAUAUGCAUCCAAUGAGAGCCCUGUUUCUUAUUCCCAGAAAUCCUCCUCCACGGCUAAAGUCCAAGAAAUGGUCAAAGAAGUUCUUUAGUUUUAUAGAAGGCUGUUUAGUAAAAAAUUAUAUGCAACGACCUCCUACAGAGCAGCUGUUAAAGCAUCCAUUUAUACGUGAUCAACCAAAUGAAAGACAAGUUAGAAUCCAGCUUAAGGAUCAUAUAGACAGAACCAGGAAGAAGAGAGGAGAGAAAGAUGAAACAGAAUAUGAAUAUAGUGGAAGUGAAGAAGAGGAGGAGGAAGUGCCUGAACAAGAAGGAGAACCAAGUUCCAUUGUUAAUGUGCCUGGAGAAUCUACCCUCAGACGUGACUUCCUGAGAUUGCAGCAGGAAAACAAGGAGCGUUCUGAGGCUCUUCGGAGGCAACAGCUGCUACAGGAACAGCAGCUCCGCGAGCAGGAGGAAUACAAGCGGCAGCUGCUGGCAGAGAGACAAAAGCGCAUUGAACAGCAGAAAGAGCAAAGGAGGAGACUAGAAGAGCAACAAAGAAGAGAGCGUGAAGUUAGAAGACAGCAAGAACGAGAACAGAGGAGGAGAGAACAGGAAGAAAAAAAACGAUUGGAGGAGCUAGAAAAAAGGCGGAAGGAAGAAGAAGAAAGGAGAAGAGCAGAGGAAGAGAAGAGAAGAGUGGAAAGAGAGCAGGAGUAUAUCAGGCGACAGCUAGAAGAGGAGCAGCGGCACCUGGAAAUUCUUCAGCAGCAGCUGCUCCAGGAGCAGGCCAUGUUACUGGAAUACAGAUGGCGAGAGAUGGAGGAACACCGACAAGCAGAGAGACUUCAACGUCAAUUGCAACAGGAACAGGCAUAUCUUUUGUCACUUCAGCAUGAUCACAGGAGGCAUCAGCAGCAGCAGCAGCAGCAACAACAGCAACAGCAGCUCCAGCAGCAAGAAAGGAAUAAACAAAACUAUCAUACCCCAGAGCCUAAAUCCCAUUAUGAGCCUACUGAAAGGCCACGGGAGGUUGAUGACAGAUAUAGAAAGAAUAACCAGAGCUCCCCGGAAGCCCAGUCUAAACAGGGAAGCAAAGUGUUAGAUCCACCAGUGCCUUCAAGAUCAGAGUCCUUUUCAAAUGGAAAUUCCGAGCCAGUUCAGCCAUCAUUGCAAAAACCAAUGGAAUCGCAGGUACAGUGGUCUCACCUGGCAUCUCUCAAGAACAAUGUUCCCCCUGUCUCACGGUCCCAUUCCUUCAGUGACCCUUCUCCCAAAUUUGCACAUCACCAUCUGCGCUCUCAGGACCCAUAUCCACCUUCACGCAGUGAAGUGCUAAAUCAAAGUUCUGACUCUAAAUCUGAGGUAUCUGACCCCACCCAAAAGUCUUGGGCUAGAUCAGACAGUGACGAGGUGCCUCCAAGGGUACCAGUGAGAACCACAUCGAGAUCACCUGUGCUAUCCCGCCGAGAUUCUCCACUGCAAAACACUGGACAGCAAAAUAACCAAGCAGGUCAAAGGAACUCCACCAGCAUCAUCAAAAUCUGAAGGUUCCCCUUCACAACGUAAUGAAACUGCAGCCAAAAAGAGUGAAGAGAAGAAAGAAGUCUUCAGACCCUGCAAGCCUACGGGAGAAGUGGAUUUAACUGCUUUAGCAAAGGAAUUGCGGGCAGUAGAAGAUGUACGACCACCUCACAAAGUGACAGAUUAUUCAUCAUCAAGUGAAGAAUCAGGAACCACAGAUGAGGAGGAGGAUGAUAUGGAGCAAGAAGGAGUUGAUGAAUCUACUUCUGGGCCUGAAGAUGCCAGAGCAGUAUCCACUUUGAACCUCAGCAAUGGAGAAACGGAAUCAGUGAAAACAAUGAUUGUGCAUGAUGAUGUGGAAAGUGAACCUGCGAUGACUCCUUCCAAGGAGGGCACUUUAAUCGUCCGACAGAGUACAGUUGACACAAAGCGUGCCAGCCAUCAUGAGAGCAAUGGCUUUGCCGGUCGUAUUCACCUCUUGCCAGAUCUCUUACAGCAAAGCCAUUCCUCCUCUACUUCCUCCACCUCCUCCUCCCCAUCCUCCAGCCAGCCGACACCCACCAUGUCCCCACAGACACCCCAGGACAAGCUAACUACUAAUGAGACUCAGUCCGCUAGUAACACACUGCAGAAACACAAAUCUUCAUCCUCCUUCACACCUUUUAUAGACCCCAGAUUACUACAGAUAUCUCCAUCUAGUGGAACAACUGUAACUUCUGUUGUAGGAUUUUCUAGUGAAGCAAUGAGAUCAGAAGCAAUAAGACAGGAUCCAACCAGAAAAGGAUCAGUUGUUAAUGUCAAUCCUACAAAUACACGGCCACAGAGUGACACCCCAGAGAUCCGCAAAUACAAGAAGAGAUUCAAUUCUGAAAUCUUAUGUGCUGCCUUAUGGGGAGUUAAUUUAUUAGUGGGGACAGAAAGUGGCCUGAUGUUAUUAGAUCGAAGUGGUCAAGGGAAAGUUUAUCCACUAAUAAACAGAAGGAGAUUUCAGCAAAUGGAUGUACUUGAAGGUUUGAAUGUGUUGGUGACAAUAUCAGGUAAGAAAAAUAAAUUGAGAGUUUAUUACCUCUCAUGGUUAAGAAACAAGAUCCUUCACAAUGAUCCUGAAGUAGAAAAAAAACAAGGAUGGACAACUGUAGGUGAUUUAGAAGGCUGUGUGCACUACAAAGUUGUAAAAUAUGAAAGAAUCAAAUUCUUAGUAAUUGCUUUGAAGAGUUCUGUGGAGGUCUAUGCCUGGGCACCAAAACCAUACCACAAAUUUAUGGCAUUUAAGUCAUUUGGAGACUUGGUACAUAAGCCAUUAUUAGUGGAUCUUACUGUAGAAGAAGGCCAGAGAUUGAAGGUGAUCUAUGGCUCCUCUGCUGGUUUUCAUGCAGUUGACGUGGACUCAGGAUCAGUGUAUGAUAUUUAUCUUCCAACACAUAUUCAGUGUAGUAUCCAGCCCCAUGCGAUCAUUAUUCUUCCUAACACUGAUGGAAUGGAACUGCUUGUUUGCUAUGAGGAUGAAGGAGUAUAUGUCAACACAUAUGGAAGGAUCACCAAAGAUGUGGUUCUGCAGUGGGGGGAAAUGCCUACAUCUGUGGCCUACAUUCGAUCUAAUCAGAUUAUGGGCUGGGGAGAAAAAGCUAUUGAAAUACGGUCAGUGGAAACAGGACAUUUGGAUGGUGUAUUUAUGCACAAAAGAGCACAAAGACUCAAAUUUCUAUGUGAACGUAAUGACAAGGUUUUCUUUGCCUCUGUACGGUCUGGAGGAAGCAGUCAAGUUUAUUUCAUGACUUUAGGCAGGACUUCACUUCUCAGCUGGUAGAAGCUCUCUAGUUUGGCAAGGAAUUGCUGUCCUUUGGAGUCUUCAUAACUUGGAAUCAUUUGCAACUGGAGUACAGACCUGCCGUGAUGCAUUCCAGACAUGCUAUUGGCGUGUGCCAGCAUCACUGGUGUUGGGUUCUUUUCAUUUUUAAACUGAGGCUGCAGGGUGCAGCUGGUGCUUUUGGCCAUCAGGUGCUAUCUGAUUUGGGAUCCCACUAGAGAAAGAAUCAGGUCUCUCCUUUUCCUCCUUUCCCGCUCCAGAUCUCCUAAUGAAUAAAGGAAGAGAGACUAACCAGGAAAAUGUUUUUGGAAGGAGGCAGGCAGGAGAAGAUGCAGGAGGGUGACAUAGGUGGACUCUGUGUCACUGAAGCAGGGGGCAAAUUUAAUAUAGUAAUAUUAACAAUGUAAUUUAAUUGACAUUUCUUUUUUCUUUUCUUUCUUUUUUCUUUCUUUUGUAAUGUGACUAUGUGGAAAAAGAGAAAGAUGCAGGUUUUAAAAGUUAAUAUUUAUAAAAAUGUGAAAGGCAUAGUGGUUGAGGGAAGGUGGGGUGGUUUUCUUUUUAAGUUUUGGCCUGGCCAAGAGUUCAGUCCUUCUUCUCCUGUGUACCAAGUUUUGCCUAAAAAUCACAGUGAGUGGGUUUUUUUAAAGAAAAAAAUAACAGCAUAGUUCACUUUUCUACAAUGACUCUUCAUUAGGCCAGAACUUGGUAAUUUCAGUGUUAGCACUGCCUCAGUUAAAGGUUUAAUUUUUGUUUAAACCUAAAAUGUGCAACAGCUUUUACUACCAGCCUAUGGGGAAAGAAAAUUCCAAACAUGUUUAUUUUUGUGCCUACCUCAUUGUUUCUAAUGCAUACAAUAAAAGAGGUGGUUUAGGUUUAUAAUUUUUUUAGAUGAACCAGUACUAAUAUCCACUUAAUUGUGAUACCAAAACUAUCAGAUUACAGUUUUGACUGUUACUUACAUACUAGGUUUUAGGAGAUCAGACCAGCAGCCACUCGUAAUGAUUAAAUUAGAUUUAAGAACUGGAAUUCAGUGACUUAAGUAAUUGGGUUUUCUUUAAUUUUGAAAGAAGUCUUUUAAUUUUAUUUUUAACAGUUUCAUUACCAAUGAAACUUAAAGAAGUUCAGCCUAAAAUCCAGAAAGUUUUACCUUUAAUAUGAGAAAUUUAGUAAAACACAAGUAACAAAAACUAGGCAAAUUCAAUACUUUUGUAAGAAAUUUGGAAUGUUUUCCUGUUCUAAAAAUGCAGUGCUCUAAAACUAUAAGAAUGUAGUUAUUUCUUCUUAUUCAGUUUUUUUAAAGCAGCAUAUACUUGUGUUUCAGUGUAAAAUCUAAAUUCUUGGAUCUUUUUCUUUCCCCUGUCCCAUGUUUUUAAAGGGGAAAAGCUCCACAAAAUUUUGUUUUAGCCAGAGGAUUUUUGGCCUUUAUAAUAAAUCUGUCAAGACUAA